AUGGCCGCUCCUUCAGAACAGCGCAUUGCUGUGCCCAUCGACGACCCCAAUGCCGACACAGAAUGGAACGAUAUCCUUCGGAAACAUGGUGUCAUUCCUGAGAAGCCGCCGAGCCCGACUCCUAUGAUCGAGGAGGCCAUUCUCGAAGGUCGAAGAUUAGCACAUGAGAACCGAUUGGAGGGAAAGGACCUGGACGAGUUGGACGAGCUCGAGGAUGAGGAAGACGAGGCGUUUCUCGAGAUGUACCGGCAGAAGCGCAUGGCCGAGCUGAGCAAUCUCCAGAAAAAGGCCCUCCACGGAAGCGUAUACCCCCUUUCCAAGCCCGAGUACCAGCGCGAGGUCACAGACGCCUCCAAGAAUGGCCCGGUGUUUGUCAACCUCACAUCCUCCAUGGGCACCAACGUCGAGUCCAGGGUCUUGACCGAGCUCUGGAGGCAGGCCGCCAAGGAGUACGGCGAGAUCAAGUUCUGCGAGAUCCGGGCGAGCCAAGCCAUUGAGAACUAUCCCGAUAGAAACUGUCCGACCAUCCUGGUGUACAAGAACGGCGACAUUGUCAAGCAGAUUGUGACUCUGAUGACUAUUGGCGGCGUGCGGACCAAUAUGCAAAAGAUUGAUAACCUGCUGGUAGAGGUUGGCGCUGUUCCUGACUCGGACAUGCGUGUAAUCAAGAGAAGGCAAGCUGCUGAGGACGCCGAGGAGGAACGCCUGGCAGGGAAGACCAUCAAAACGGGGACUGCUGGGAAAUCAAGAAAUGUCGACAGUGAUGACGAUGAUUGGGAUUAA